ACCCAAUACACCUAAUUCGCCCUUCGCUCCAGCGCGAUUCGCGAUCUCUGGUUUAGGGUUUCGUCAAUUUCUCCGACCAGAAGGUGGAGAUUUAAGAUCAGGUAACUCUUUUGAUACGUGUUUCGCUUCAUCGUUUCUUUGUUUGGUUGCCAAGAAACCACUGGAAAAUAAUUGAAAACCCCGGAAUCUCAUAGCAGCCGGUGUGAAAUUCCGUCCUUUUUUCUCCUGUUAUUUUACUAAGGUUUCUCGGGAACCGAACCGGAUUAGGGCUCGUGGAUGCGGGUAAGUUGGUGUGAAUUGGUGGUUUUAUAUGUUGGGCUCUGGAUAUUUCUAGGUAAUUGAUUUCCAUUUUGGGGUUUGUUCAUGGAGUUAGGUAUGCGGUUAUUAUUAUUAUUGUUAUUUAUUUUUUGGGGUUUCAAUUCAACUGGUUUCAUCUCUUGGCCUUGGCAGAUUUUGUACUUGGUUAUUGUGUGAAAAUUUUUGAAGAAUUAAACUUCCUUGAAACCAAUAUGCCCCUUUAUUUUGGUUUUCAAGAUAAUAGACAAUUUAUUUAUGUAUGCCCACUGCAGCCGGGACAAGGUUUUAUGGUUACUUGUUAUUGAAUUUUAUUAUUUGGAUAGCCAGUUGGUUGUUGUUGAUACAAACUGGUAGUUUGAAGAAAUCAACUUUUAGAUGAUUGAAUUAAGUUUAGGGUUUCGUUGAGUUUUUUCCUUUUGAAUUUUUUAGGUUUUAAUCCAAUUACCUUUGACACUGAAUCUGGAUGGGGCUGAUUUUAUCUAGUUGUGGUAUGAGAAUUUUCCCAGAAUUGGAUUUUCUAGAUAUCAAUAUAUUCAUUUCUUUUGGGUUUUGCGAAAUAGAAACUAUCAGCUCAGUUGAGCCCACUGCACUGUCAUGUUUCUUUUAAGAACGAAAAAGAAAAAAAAGAAUAUGUGGGAUUUCAUUUUCAUUUUUCUUUCUUCUAUUUUUCCAUAGUUCUCUUGGAAGACAAUCUAGAGGUGUAGGAUUGAGAUGGCUAGAAAUCUACUUUUGUGUAAAGGAUUUGGAUUUUUUUCCCUGAGUACAUUAAAUCUUGCCUAGUGGAAAUGCAUGUGUAUUUUUCCUAAGAUGAAUUUUAAAUAUUCUGCAAUGAUUUGCGGGGUUUAGAAUUGAGAGUACUGCUCAAAGGAACAUAUACUGGACCCCAACACAUGUUUAAGAAUAACAUGUCCUUCCUAUAAUGAUUUUUCUAGAACUGCAUGAAACAACAUGGGAAAGAAAUUUAUGGUCCUGAUCCUUCGGGGACGUUUCAUGCAGAAAUUGUGAUAGGGUAAGGAACAAGCAUUAGAUUUUUUCCCACAUGUUGAUUUUUGAGUGGAAGAAAUCAUAGUGGGCCAGGACCAUGAAAUAUUUUUGCCCAGAAUAAUAAUUAUUGCUUGUGCUGUUCUCCUCGGUCAUGGACUGAAUUGUCCCGAAGGUGAACAGUGCACAAAGUUUCCUUGAGUUGCAUGACUUAAUUUACUAAAUUAAAAUCAUGCAGCAUUAUUGGGAACAUUAGGUUGAAAAUAUCAACUGCCCAAGUCAAUUGAUACACAUGAAAAAUGUGGCUCCACACUGUUCUUUCAUUAUUGAUACAAAGUUGAAGAAGAUUAAUGUGGCCACUUCCAGCUCAGUAUUUAAAUGCUUUGCUUGUUGAGGCAAAUAUGUCACUUAGUCAAAUACCUGGUUCCAUAACCAGUGUUUUCUUUCUGAAUGGUUCGAGAUUUAAUAUAACUUUUUGAUUCCAAUAAGUUAUGAGGCACAGUUAUGCUACAUGGGUGUAGUUUUUGGAAUUGGUUUGUUGUGUCAGGGGAGCUGACUGUUGUUUUACUCUCCCCCUUUCAAUUGUUUUCCUUGUGCUGUUUUUUUCUUGGUUCAUGUAACUAAUUGGUCAAUAGUGGUUUUCCUCUCAUAGGAGGCAUCAAAGCAUUAGAAUAUUUGUACUGGCAGUUAUGUUCAGCCUGUACGUACAGUAGUUUUGUUCUGAAAAUAUUGUAGGAGAUGCAAUUAUUUUAUUUUGAAGAAAUGUCUGUUCAGUAAAUGGUAUAACUUGCGCCUUUCUUGGAUGAAUUAAAGUCUCCCCAAUGUUUGUUUUCUUGCUUUUUCCAAUUUAAACUUUUUUGAUGAGUUUUAUAGCUGUUAUUUUCAUUGACAUAUGCUUCGUUGUAUUAAAUUAAUAAUGUCUAUAUAUUUACUCUUCUAAUGCUCGCAAAUUAACAUAAAAAUUUUCUAGAACUAGAUUAAUGAGACCACCAUUUUUUCCUGCUCAUUAGCUGUUAAAAUUAACAUAUAUUAACUUUCAAUUAAAAUUGUGUUACUUUAAUGCAUGCUAGUUUAUCCUCUUUUCUGAUUUUGAGAAUUAAGGAAUGCUAAUUAAUCAAAGUCACAGAGAUCAAACGUAUAGUUCCAUUUCAAUGUCUAAAUAGCUUGUAAGAUUGCUUGUCAGACAGUGGAUUUCCGUAAGCAGCCUAAACGCGCUUGGGUUUACAAUGGAGAAAGGAGCGGCUCCUAGCCUAUUCGUUAAUGAUGGUUCAUUUAUGGAGAGAUUCAAACAGCUUCAGCAAGAGAACGAGAAGGAGAAGGGGAAGGGUGCCAAAUUGGAGGAGCCUAAACAGCGCAUGGUUGUGCCAGCAACCUCAACUCCUAAUUCAAUCCCUAGUAAAACCAACAAUGUAUCUAAGACUAAUGGCACCCGCAAAACUCCCCUGGCUGCACCAAAUGGCAAGCUUGCCUUCAGCUUGAAACAAAAGUCAAAGCUUGUGCCACCUCCUGUUAAGUUAGGUGCAGAUGAGGAUGAAGAAGAAACCGAUGCUGGAAAUUUGUCCAGUGAUGCACCAAUGAAACGACAGAAGUUGGGUCAAAAAGAUUCCUCUGAGCAUCCAUCACCACAAGUAGAUGUUGCACCACCUUCCCCAAGUGAUCCUGCAGUGAAGAAAGUUGCAGACAAACUUGCGAGUUUUGUGGCAAAAAAUGGAAGACAAUUUGAAGAUGUUACUCGUCAAAGAAAUCCUGGAGAUACCCCUUUUAAAUUUUUAUUCGAUGAGGGAUGCGCAGAUUACAAAUACUAUGAAUAUCGGCUUGCUGAAGAGGAAAAGACUCUUUCACAGACUAGGGAUUCCCAGACAUCACAGAGUGGUGGUACAAGCACGUCAGCUCCUAAAUCAACUAGUGGUUCUCAAAGGUCAGUUCAGCAGCGAUCUAAUUAUCAAAUCCCAACCUCAGCUUUAUAUGAAGCCACUGAGGACACUAGGGCUUCGGGUAGUUCUGUUCAAGCAGCAUUGGCUGGAAGAGCUGGUUAUGGUGAAUCUAGUGCACCAACAGGUGCAGAUCCUAUAGCAAUGAUGGAGUUUUACAUGAAGAAAGCGGCGCAGGAAGAGAGGAGGAGGCAGCCUAAGCAGUCAAAAGAUGAAAUGCCUCCGCCUGCUUCUCUUCAAACUCCUGGGAAGAAAGGUCAUCACAUGGGUGACUAUAUCCCUCAAGAAGAGCUUGAAAAGUUCUUGUCUACCUGCAAUGAUGCGGCUGCGCAGAAAGCUGCUAGAGAGGCUGCAGAAAGGGCAAAAAUCCAGGCUGACAAUGUUGGGCAUAAACUCCUGUCUAAAAUGGGUUGGAAAGAAGGUGAGGGUUUGGGGAGCUCUAGAAAUGGUAUUGCAGAUCCAAUCAUGGCUGGAAAUGUGAAGUUGGACAACUUGGGGGUUGGUGCUCAACAGCCUGGUGAGGUAACUGCUGAUGAUGACAUAUAUGAACAGUACAAGAAGCGGAUGAUGCUUGGUUAUCGUUACAGACCAAACCCUCUGAACAAUCCCCGAAAGGCAUACUACUGAGGAACUUUCUUUUGUAAGCAAUUUACUUCUCAGGAUUGAACUAAAGAAAUAAGUUGAAGUGAAACUACUCGUUAUAUAUGGGAAAAAGGAAAAAUGGAUUGGUAUCGCAUGAAUGAGUGGAGCAAGUUUAUCUGGAGCUUUUGUUUUUGUUGUUUUUUUUUCCUUUUUCUUUUUUAAUGUGAAUUCAGUGUUUAUUAGCAAAUUAUUUAGAGGACUGUCUUUUAAGGGUACCUUUCCUUUUUUUGGUAAUCUUGUUCCUUGUGUGAUUGGAAUUUCAUUGUACCUGCUUGAUUAGUAUAUUUUUUUAAGUUAGUCAGAUCUCAUAAUAAAAAAACAUGUACUUUGAAA